UUGCAAUCUAUUUUAAAAACCAUGUGCACUGGAGAAUGUGCGAAGUGCUUAGGAGUCACCCUCAUCCCCUUGGCUGUGUUAUGUACCCUCGCUAACAUUUUGCUGUUUUUCCCUGGAGGAAAAGUGGUUGACAACAAUGACCACAUCACAGAUGAGGUCUGGUACUUUGGAGGAAUCGCGGGAUCUGGUAUAUUGAUGAUCUUUCCUGCUUUGGUAUUUUUGGGCCUCAAGAAUAACGAUUGCUGUGGAUGCUGUGGUAAUGAGAGCUGUGGAAAGAGGUUUGCGAUGUUUUCGUCCAUAAUAUUUGCUGCAAUUGGAGUUAUAGGAGCUGGAUACUCCUUUGCAGUGUCAGCAGUAGCCAUAAACAAAGGCCCUAAAUGUGACAUUGGGCAACAGUGGGACUAUCCUUUCCAGAACGGGGAUUAUCUAAGUAACCACACGAUCUGGGACAAGUGUACAGCACCUGAAAAUAUAGUUCCUUGGCACUUGACCCUCUUUUCCUUGCUGUUAAUUAUGAGUGGGGUCCAAGCAAUACUCUGUGGCAUUCAGGUUGUGAAUGGGCUCUUCGGAACAAUCUGUGGAGACUGCAAAUGUUGUGGAUGCUGUGGGGGAGAUGGACCUGUCUAAAAAUAUUGUAGGAAACU